CCUCCCGGACGGUUUAUCGUACACGCUCUUUGACCCGGAAGUAGUUCUGGCGUCUUGUUGACAUCACCCGCCCCAUGAAAAAUGGCAGAGUCGGAGGAAGAGGUGGAUGUCUUGGUCCAGAGAGUUGUGAAAGAUAUCAACAACGCCUUUAAGAAGAACCCCAAUAUUGAUGAAAUAGGUCUGAUACCAUGUCCGGAAGCCAGAUAUAACCGAAGCCCCAUCGUCCUGGUGGAGAACAAGCUGGGCAUGGAGAGUUGGUGUGUCAAGUUCCUUCUACCUUUUGUGCACAACAAACUUUUGUUGUACCGGCAGCGUAAACAAUGGCUGGACAGGGAGGCACUGAUAGACAUCACCUGCACGCUGCUGCUGUUGAAUCCAGAUUUCACUACUGCGUGGAAUGUCAGGAAGGAACUGGCACAGUGUGGGGUGCUGAAUCCUGAGAGAGAUCUGUACCUGGGCAAGCUGGUCCUCACCAAGUUCCCCAAGAGCCCAGAAACCUGGAUCCACAGGCGCUGGGUGCUGCAGCAGGUCUUGCGGCAGUGCCGCCCGCGCGCCGCGGAGCAGAAGGAGCCCGGCGAGGUGGAGCUUGGGGGGGCACAGGGCUCGCCCCCCAACGAGCGCCUCCGGCGGGUGCUGCGGGACGAGAUGAAGGUGUGCGCUGAGGCUGCCGGCCGAUACCCAAGCAACUACAAUGCCUGGUCCCACCGCAUCUGGGUGCUGCAGAACCUGGCCAAGGGCAACCUGAAGAUUCUUUAUGAUGAACUGUCUUCAAUGAAGCUCUGGGUUUCCACGCAUGUAUCGGACCACAGUGGCUUCCACUACCGUCAGUUCCUGAUGAAGGCGCUAGUGGCGGAACUGAGCCGAGCCACGGACGCCUCCUGUGGGCCAUCGCAGGACCUGCACCGCAGCCACUGGCCCAAUGGCGACGGGGUGGGCCCCGCGGCCGCCGAGGAAUCCCGGACAGCCAGCGUCCCCGAGCUCUUUGGCAAGGAGCUGGAGCUGUGCACUGACCUGAUUGAGACCUACCCGGGUCACGAAACGCUUUGGUGUCACAGGCGACACGUCUUCUUCCUCUGGUAUCACUGGAGGAAAGAGCAGUCCCAGGAUGUCGGACGGCAGCCAUCUCUCCUCAACCACACUGACGAAACGCUAAGCGGUUCCCUGGGAGCCAGUGCAGGUAGGAACGUCCAGGCCAUGGAUGUAGACUUGGCACUGGAAGAAAGCAAGCAGACCAGCUACACCCAAGACAGCAAGCGUCUGAAACGGGGACCCCUGCAGCUCCGUCCUGGGCUGCCUUCUGAACACAGCUUUGUCACCAAAAUCCUCAGCGGUUGCCGGAGCCCUGAGCAGGGCCGCUUUGCCGCCGCCUACAGGAAGUGGCUGGACUCUGUGAUAGUGGCUGCUGACACAAGGAGCGGUUCUGUGAAAAUAAAAGCAAACGUGAAUAAACGGAUUUCAAAGAGAAAAACGAAAGUGGAAACGCUCCUUCCAUAGCACUUCGGCUCUGCUGAUGCAGUAUCGUUUUUACAUUGACUGUAUGGCAAAUGGGAAAGGACACACUAAUUUGUUCAUUGGUCAUCUGUUUUGUUCUUGUCAUAAGAUUAUGUUUUCAAAUAUGGAUGUAAUGUUAUUAGUGAUACUAAUUAUACAGUUUUGCAAAAACUAACUUUUUUUUUUUCCUUUUGCUGAAAUGUAUUGGCAAUACCUCAGGUCUGUGUGUGUGGAGUGAGUGGUGUGUCGACUAGGUGAACUUUAAGUGGUGAGUCCCUCUCACUCAUUUCAUCUUGGAUUUUCUUCCAGUUACUUUGUGUACGAAUUUAAACUCACCGGUUGCACAGAUAAGAAGUGUUUGUCUCACAACUAGCCAUACAGAGUCCUGAAUCUUAAACAAUAAAAUGCACCACAUCGUGAAUCACUGCUAAAUCAUAGUGAAGUGACCCCUUAAAACAGUCACAAAGUCACUUACUCUCCCCUCCAUUUCUAUAGUAUUGUGAUCUCUGGGAGAUUGCACAGAUGUGUGGGGGCAGGUCAUGUGGGCUUAGGAUUGUGAUUUCUCUGGAAAUUGCCACCCCAGCUGUAAUGAAAUACCAAAAUGAGAGGAAGAGCGGUUUUUGUUUGCCGGCCCUGGGGAUCGAACCCACAAUCUUGUAUUUGUCUGCUAAUGACCAGACACAAAAUAAUGGAAUAUUAUUUAAAUGUGGAUUAUAAAAAAAAAAAAAAAAUCACUUGGUUCCAAAAAACUGCAACACAAAUGGAAAAACAAGUAGAGGAGUGAUGUAGCUGGCGGGGUAAUAUUUUUAUUUAUAUUUCUGGGUUUCACCUGUUACCAUAAUGAGUACAUUUGAGUGAUUCUGUCAACGUUUUCUAUUCUGUUACAAAUGACCAUGAUGUGUAGAGAAGGUGAACAUUACAAACAGGAGCCCUGGUUGACAAUUCUGUUAGUAGUAGUUUGUGUGGUAGUUGCUUCAAUGCUUUUUAAUUCAAUGCCUAUGAAAUAUGUAUCUAUUUUGAGUACAUGUGCACUUUGUAUACAAAUGAACCCAGGUACAAUUAUAUUUGGUUGAAUUUAGACACUGUGGGUCAGUACAAAGACUGUACCAGUAAUGUUGGUGAGCUGCAGUUCAGUUUGAUGUAGGUUAGGUUUAGGUAGUUCUUUCUUCUAAAACACACAUACCUGUCAUAAUUUGAUGCUGAAUGGUAUGGACUUGUGAAAACCGUGCUGUAUUAACGAACACCUACAAAAAGAAACAAACAUUUCAGUGUUGGCGAAACGGCAGUCUGGGAACAAUUCUCAUAUGGUUGAAGAUUGGCCUUAACACAAAACCGACAUGAAGGAGUUGAAAGAGUACCAUGGUAUAUAUGUUCUCCUCAGUAACUGACACACACUGUACAUUAUGACAUUUGUACCUUGUAUACACUAUGUGCUUAUAACUUGAACCAUCAUACAAUAAAAUGUCUGUAUCCUUCUAUUAUAAAACGUACUGUGCAUUGAACCUCCUUGUACGUUCUGUAUGUUACAUUUUGCUAAUGUUCCAAAAGGGAAGGAUUACAUUUUUUCUCCUGUUUUGUGUAACGAUUUUUAAAAAUAAGAUCAUCUCUUGUUUCUCCUGUUGAACGUUGUCUUACGAACUGUGACUUAACUUAGGGACCCAGAGAAUCACUAGUACUGGAAAUUUUCAAGACCCCUCAUCUGAUUAAUUUUCUGUCUUUCAGUCGUAUACCUCACUCCACUCAAUUAUUCCUUUUUUAUGUAAUUAGCCUAUUUCUAACUGGUGAAGAAGGGCAUUGAUGGGGGGGGGGGAGGAGUAAGUGAAUAGGGUGUAAACAGGGUUAGCUGAGUGGAUGAUAGAAUGGGCAUCUCCCGUGCUUUCUGGGAGUGACAGAAAGAUGACUGGUGAAAGCGUGUGGCUGCUUUGGAUAAAGGUUAUUAUACAGAACUGAAUAGUCUUGAAUAUAUUUAGUAAAUGAGCAGCCAUGCUCUGUGUAAGCGCUUAAAUAUUUCUUGGGUUAAGUGACAGCAGGUGUUGCAUCCAUGUUGUCAGGAGCUGUUACAAACAAACAGGAGCGCUUAUGUGGAACAUUACAUCAUGGCAAUAUGUAGCUAUUAAUUGGCCUUUUGUAUUUUUAUUUAUAUUUUUUAAAGAUGUCUUUAAACAUUGGCUUAGUUUAGAAAUACACUUGAUUGAAAUGCAGCCUUAGUUUAAAUGUUGUGCACUGUGCUGUGAGUGGUUACCCAGAUGCUAGUGAUCUUUUGAGGGCUUCCACCUAAACACUAAGCUGUUAUAUGCUUUGUUUAGAGAAAUAUAUAUAUAUAUAUCUAUAUAAUUAAAGUAUAUUUAAAAAGGCAAUCAUUGGAUUUGCCUUACUGUGUUUUUGGGAGAAUUCUUGUUUUAACUAUUAAACCAAGCAAAAUAUUGUAGUACCAAAUUCUUUCUGCAAUUCACUUUUAUUAAUCAAAAAUGCUUUCUUGUAUCUCAUUUGUGAAACUAACACAAGCAUAUCCAUUUUACUACUUUAAGGGUGUGAUAACGCAUACCUUAGUAAUAUAAAUUGUAAAUCUAUGCAGAAAUGUUCCUUUAAUGAAGGUUUGGUGAUCUUAAAAGCAAAUGUAGCUUUGGUAGAUUUUCUUUUUGUAGAAUUCCAAUCCCCAUUGUCAUUCCCCAGCCCCGCCCCCCUCGAAUAUAAAUUUCUGAUAGGAAAGGUGUUCAUAUUCAUAAUGUCUUAUCUGUAAUUUUGUAUUUUAGACUAAUACAUUUUAAAACCACUUUUUUCACCUUUGCAGGUCUUUCAUGUACAACUUGCUUACCAAGUGAAAAAAUAAAGUUCUAAAAUGCGCUUUGUUUUCUUUCCCCAACGUUGUGAAUUUCUUCGUCAUUUGAAUAUUCCAACUUGAGAAUUUGUUUAAUAAGCACAUAUAGUGAAUCUAUUCUUGCCUGUUGCACAAAAACUCACCUUACACAAUGUACUGUAUUCUCUCAAUAAACUGAAUUACUGACCA